AUGACGACGUUUAACAGUAAUAUCGUCCUUAGAUGGACUGAUGGGCCGGAAAUUGCCUCCGUUGCUUGGUGCCACGGCAAACUCUUUGUAGGAGCGGAAAGCGGAAUCGUAUACUCGUUUGGAUCAGACGAUAUCAAGAGUCCGGUUGACUACGAGACCCGCAAACAGCUACGUGUCUCUACAAAAAGAAUCACUCGGCUGAGUUCACUGGAGCCCAGAAAGGAGCUACUUGCCCUCGACUCUGAUGGUAAUCUACACAUUUUUAGCACUCUCCUAGACUCCAAAUCUACAGUACUCUGCAAGAAGGUGACCUGCUUUUGUAGACAAGCCGUAGAAUGUUCGGUAGGAGACAAAGAAAGCUCUCCCCCGAGCCUGGGUUCAUCAAAGAUCUUGCCAAUCACAUAUAUGGCCAAUAUCUGCGUUGCUUCCAGGCAAAAAAUUCAGAUUUUCUCUGCAAUUGGUGAAAAAAUUGUACAUCAAAGGGAUAUUACAACUCUAGACACACCUUCAAGUAUAUGCUGGCUAAAUAAUGCGAUCGUGUUUGGGUCUCCAAAAGCCUAUUCGAUAGUAGAUCAGGAUGGAACUACACAAAACGAGCUUUGCUCAAACGAUCCACUCAUGAUAGAGAACAAGGGACUAAACACGGAGUAUUCACACUCAAACAUCCUGGCGGCUACGUGUCUGGACAACGACGUUAUGGUAGUGUGCCAGAACAUUGGUGUAUUCUACAACACAGAGACAAUGAACCUUUCGCAAAAGAAUAGCAUCCAAUGGAGUGGUAAACUAGAAUUUUUGGGGUCCUGUCCUCCAUUUAUCAUUGGCCUUGUAUCACAUGGCAAGGUGGAAAUUUACGGUAUAAGAGACCAACUUCUCUAUAAGCAGAUUGAUCAAUCAAACAUUAAGAGCAUAUGUUUUAUGCAGGACAAGUGUCUAUUCUUGGCAUCCUCAUCUAGGGCGGUUUCUGCGAUUGAGCCUUCAAGUUACUAUGACAAUCUUUGUAGCCUUCUUGAGAGAGGAAAGAUUUCGGAGGCUCUUCAACUUGUGAAUCUCUACUUUGCUCCCAAUGAUCCUCGCAAACGCUCGGAAAUAAAAAUUUGUCAUACAAUUGCAGGAUGGAUUCGAUUCUCUGAGCUGAACUUUCCCUGUGCAUUUCAACAUUUUUCAUUUGGCACAGUGGACGUUUUAUAUUUGAUGAAAUUUUGGGAUUCCUACUAUCCAUCUGAGUUCUUUCAAUCGUGCAAAAGCAAUGAGGUUAUACCAGAUAUUCUCUUGAAAUUCAUUCCCAGGGCAACAAACAUAUCUGAAUUUGUAAAACAGGGAUUAGAAUGUAAAACGGUAGUUAGAAGUACUCAAGGGAAAAAUGAUGGAAAAUCAAGAAAUCCCUACAAGAUCAAAAAUAAAAAGUCACAAGAAGAAAUUUUGGAAAUCGCAAAUCGGUCAUUAUCUCUUUUUUUACUAAAAAGGAUUAAAAAUAUGGAUUUAGAACAAGGCUCAAAUUUUGAGCAUCCUAAAAACCUCAAAAAUAUACUAGUAACAGUUACCCUGCUUCUUUUGGCUGAAUAUGAUGAUCCUAGAUAUAAUCUCAUUCUCAAAAACAAGCUACACUCGUUAGUAGAUGUUCAGCACUCACGAUCACACCUAAUAAAAAUGGACAAGAGCAAUAUAUAUUCCAAAUUAUUGAUUAGAGAUGGACAAUUUAUCGAAGCGAUGGAUAUUCUGGCUGAUCUAAUAACAAGACGACCGAUAGACUCGAGCUUUGCUAAUGGUGAUGUUUCUAUAUAUUGUAUGGAAUUAUCCGCGUGUAUAAACACAGUAUUGGAAUCAUUUGGGCAACCGAAAUCUCAAGAUGUUGGUCUUGCGUCUACAUUCACGUCUGUACAUGUAAAGGAAAUGAUUUUCAAGUACCUUCCUAUUCUUUUGGAAAACUCGCCAUCAGCUGCCCUCGAAGUGUUGACGAGGAACCAUUCUGUACUUCCAAUCACAUCAAAUCAGAUUCUCACCAUGAUUGAUGAACAUUGUUAUAGAACCCACCCAGGAAUGGUAAAAAAUGAACUCCAAAUCAAAUACCUGGAGGACUUGGUUAUCACUCACAAAUCGGGGGGUGUUGAUGAAAAUACGCUGUUAGCUCAAUACUACAUUGAUUCCCUUUCUCCAACAUUUCCAAAGGAUCAUAAUAUAGAUGUCGUGGAACAUCAAAAGCAGAUGCUCUUUUCUCUUUUAGAGGGAAAUUAUACUUUUGAUAUUCCAAAACUGGAAUGCAUUGCUGAAGGAAUCGACUUGCCAGAAAUAAAAGUAAUCCUAAAUGCCAAGUUGGGAAGACACUAUCAAGCAAUAGAGACGAUAUUUACAUGUUGGGAUCGUAAUGUUUCAAUAUGUGAGGCUUACUGUCUCUGUUUCGGUGACUUCUUUACAUUUGAUCAGCUAAAUAAAGACUGUCCAUACAAACGCUUAUUUACCAAUUUCUCCUACUGGGUAGAAAAGGCCAAAACUUGGCCAAGUGACCACAUGGACCUCUACAAAAUCGACAGUGAAUCGCAAACCUCAAUAGACAAGCUAAUAAUGCAUCUUUUAAAUGUUGUAGCCGCCCAUACUAAAACGGAUCAAGAAUGUACAGACGUUACAAAGAAUAUUAUUCUAAAGUCUAUUCAUCUCUUUGAACACAAGUCAACUCUCAAUGGCCUAAAUAUACUAGAAUUCAUGCCAGAAGAUUGGAACUUUAGUCAAUUCUCAGACUUUUUUAAACACUUGCAACUGAAAAUACUACACGAACAACGAACUAAAUCCAUUAAAAAGGGCCUUGUCAAGACACUACAACUACAGACAAGCUGCUCAUUAUAUCAGUCUACAUCCGCUCCACCAAUCAAAAUUGAUGGAACUACCAUAUGCUCCAGUUGUCUGGAACCCAUCAGGAUCGGAAUGCCCAUCGCUAUGCCCGUACAACAGGGAAAAGAUGCUGAUAAAGGAUCAAAAACUAUACAAGUACUCCAUGAGUACUGUGCUAAAAAAGGUCCAUGA